UCGUACAAAUGGUUCCGCCCUCUAACAGGAAGAGGCCGCUGAGAUACGUGAUAAUGUUGUAGCGGGAUCGGAAGUGGACAGAAGUAGAGCGGAGCGACGAUGAACAACAAAUUCGAUGCUUUGAAAGAUGAUGAUAGUGGAGAUCAUGAUCAAAAUGAGGAGAAUGGCACACAGAAAGACGGUGAGAAGGAAAAGAAUGACAAGGACAAGACCCAGGCAUCCUCAAGGAAAAAGACUGUUCCAGGUCCAGCUGAGCACCCAUUGCAGUACAACUACACAUUCUGGUACUCCCGUAGAACGCCCGGCAGGCCAACCAGCUCCCAAAGUUAUGAACAGAACAUUAAACAGAUUGGUACCUUUGCCUCAGUGGAACAAUUUUGGCGGUUCUACAGCCACAUGGUACGUCCUGGGGACCUAACCGGGCACAGCGACUUUCACCUCUUCAAGGAAGGGAUCAAACCGAUGUGGGAGGAUGAUGCAAAUAAGAAUGGGGGAAAGUGGAUAAUCCGGCUGCGUAAAGGCUUGGCAUCCCGGUGCUGGGAAAACCUGAUCUUGGCCAUGUUAGGAGAGCAGUUCAUGGUUGGGGAAGAGAUUUGUGGGGCAGUUGUCUCUGUACGUUUCCAGGAGGACAUCAUUUCUAUCUGGAACAAAACUGCAAGCGACCAAGCAACUACAGCCAGGAUCCGUGAUACCCUGCGCAGGGUCCUGAACUUGCCUCCAAACACUGUCAUGGAGUAUAAAACACACACUGACAGUAUCAAGGACAAAACAAGUUUCCGAAACACAAAAAUUACAUUGUGAAAACGCGGAGCCGUUGCCGAUACCAUUGCCCCUUCUUACACCAGACAUUGUUUUGUGUGUGCUGAAUUUAGACCACUAACCCCCUUCCCUGUCAGAGGGCCCAGCAAUCCGGGGUGAAGGCUUUAAGUUAACAGGCAUCUAUUCAUUUUUCUUAUUCUGCAACGUCAGUCUUUGCUCCAAGAACUGUCCUCCUAAAGCUGCUGCCAUGGUGAUGAAAUUAAGUACCAAAUCUUUACUUUUGGUAAACCAUUUUAUUUGCGUUUUAUUUUGUUUAGGGAUGGAAAGGUAUUAGCAUUCAUUUUUUUCCCCCCACUCCGGCACUAAUGGAGGUAAGUGCUUAUUUUUCCAAACAAGCUAACCUUUCCUCCCAAAACUUGCCUUGUCAUUUUUCUUCAGCACUUUGUUAGUUUCCUUUCAUGUUUUACGUAAAGGAUUUUGUGUAUAAUGAAUAUACUCUCGUUACCUGACCCAUUACUGAGGCAUAUCAGUAUUAUUCUAAAGGUUGAUGUAUAAAGCAAAAAAAAAAGUGGCUGCUGACGCGUGGAACUGUCAAUUUCUACCUAAGCUUCAUUAUUAAAUUAUUGGGUCUCUCUUUUUUU